UCGGAGCAGUCCGUGACGUGCGCACAGGCCCAGCCAGAUGCCUACCAUCGCAUCAUGUGCCGGGCCCCAAUCGCUUCACUCGACUGCAUGGAGGAGUUCAGUGGUACGGGCGGUCAUCUUGAUUUCGGCCGUUCCAUAAGCUUGGGCUCCAAUCCGGCGCUGCCGCUGCGUCAUGGCUCGACGCCGACGCCGGGCUUGCGAUACAAGAAUCUGGGCAAGAGCGGGUUGCGUGUCUCGAAUGUGGGUCUGGGAACCUGGCCAGUCUUCUCACCCGGGGUCAGUGACGAGCAGGCCGAAGCCAUAUUGAAGCUGGCCAUUGAGAGCGGCAUUAAUCUGUUCGAUAUCAGCGAGGCGCACUCGGAAACGGAGAUCGGCAAGAUACUGCAGCGUACGGGCUGGAAGCGAACGGCCUAUGUCAUCACGACGAAGGUUUAUUGGAGCACCAAGUCCGAGGAACGUGGUCUGUCGCGCAAGCACAUCAUCGAGUGCGUCCGGGCCAGUCUGCAACGACUGCAGCUCCAAUACAUUGAUAUUGUGAUCAUACACAAGGCAGACCCCAUGUGCCCCAUGGAGGAAGUGGUGCGCGCCAUGAGCUACAUUAUACAACAAGGCUGGGCUAUGUACUGGGGAACGGCGCGUUGGUCCCAAGUGGAGAUUAUGGAGGCGUACACCAACUGUCGGCAGUUCAACUGCAUAACGCCGAUUGUGGAGCAGUCCGAGUACCAUAUGUUUUGUCGCGAGAAGUGCGAGCUGUAUCUGCCGGAGAUGUACAACAAGAUUGGUGUGGGGCUGAUGGCCUGGGGACCUCUGUCGAUGGCGCUGAGCGACACCCAGAAUGGGGACAAGCUUUUUCUGCCAAAGGGCUCAUUUAAGACGAAAAGCUUCUCCUGGACCGAGGAUGAGAUUAACCGGAACGCUGCGUUGUCGCCUCAGGGCAGCUGGGGCAAGGAUCGCAUUGAGGAGGGACGGCGCCACUGCGAUCGUUUGCGGGAUCUGGCCGCUCUGGCCGAAAAGCUGGGCUGCAGUCCCACGCAGCUCUCGAUUGCCUGGUCGCUGAAGCACGAGCCUGUGCAGUGCCUACUUUUGGGCGCCACCUCGGCGGAGCAACUGCAUCAGAGCCUGCAAUCGCUGCAGUUACUGCCACGGCUGUCGUCGAGCGUGAUGCUGGAAUUGGAGCGGAUACUGGAGAAUAAACCGGUGCGACCGCCAAUGAUAUCGACGCUGGCGCUUCGGUGA